AUGGACCGAGGACACAGCCCCAAGAGACGGCGGCUAGACGACAGUCGGCACUCAACGCCUCAGUCAGAUGAUCUCGGCCCUUCGCUGAAGCGGCCCAACUUUCAGAAGAGUAGAAGACCACUAGACCAAAGGUUCAACAAUGGCUACUCACGGUCCUCCACGCCUCGAGGCGAACGAGGCGUCUCGACGCCGCAUCAGUCUGAAUUCGAUGGUCCCGAGCCUUUCAUCCAGGACGAAGAGGCACAAGCGUUAGACCGCGACUGGUACCUGGGAGAUGACUUUGGCCACACCUUCGGCGAUGAAUCGCACAACCCGUUCGGCGGUGCGGAGACAUCAUGGGCGGACCGACUGCGAGAACAAGAUCUGGCGAACAAGAAGAUAGGCAAGCGCAUGAACUUGAAGGCUGCGCAAAAGCAGCGGGAAGUCGACGCAUGGGAAACGAAUCGUAUGCUUACCUCUGGCGUUGCGCAGCGGCGAGAUGAUUUCGACUUCGAGGACGAUGAGCAAACUACGAGAGUACAUCUACUUGUGCAUGACCUCCGACCACCCUUCUUGGACGGCAAGACAAUAUUCACCAAGCAGAUUGAUCCAGUGCCAGCAGUGAAGGAUCCUCAGAGCGAUUUGGCAGUCUUUAGUCGCAAGGGCAGCCAGGUUGUCCGAAAUAAGAGACAGCAGAAGGAGCGUCAGAAACAGGCACAAGAAGCCACCAAUGUUGCCGGAACUGCCUUAGGCAAUAUCAUGGGCGUCAAAGAGGACGAGGGCGAUAGUGCAGCUGCUGCGCCUGGACAAGAGACCAAGUCGACCAGCAAUAAAUUCUCGGACCACUUCAAGAAGAACGAAGGAGGGACGAGUAACUUCAGCAGAACCAAGACGUUGAAGGAGCAGCGAGAAUAUCUGCCAGCAUUUGCUGUGCGGGAAGAACUCAUGCGGGUGAUACGCGACAACCAGGUGAUUAUAGUGGUCGGCCAGACUGGAUCAGGCAAGACGACGCAGUUGACGCAAUUCCUCUACGAGGAAGGCUACGCUAGGCAGGGUCUCAUUGGAUGUACACAGCCUCGAAGAGUGGCUGCCAUGAGUGUAGCUAAGCGUGUUAGUGAGGAGAUGGAGGUCAAGCUUGGUGGUCUCGUCGGAUAUGCCAUUCGGUUUGAGGAUUGUACGAGCGACGAGACAAUGAUCAAGUAUAUGACGGAUGGUGUGUUACUUAGAGAAUCCUUGACACAACGAGAUCUAGACAAAUAUUCAUGCAUCAUAAUGGAUGAAGCCCACGAGCGCGCUCUCAACACUGAUGUCCUCAUGGGUCUGAUCAAGAAGGUGCUUGCUCGCCGACGGGACCUGAAGCUGAUCGUCACAUCUGCCACAAUGAAUUCAAAGCGCUUCUCGGAGUUUUAUGGCGGAGCGCCAGAGUUCAUCAUACCUGGUAGAACUUUUCCGGUCGAUGUCCAAUACUCUCGCUCGCCGUGCGACGACUAUGUCGACAGUGCGGUCAAGCAAGUCCUGGCCAUACACGUGUCUCAGGGCGCGGGUGAUAUCCUUGUCUUCAUGACUGGCCAGGAGGACAUCGAGGUCACAUGCGAGCUGAUUGAGGAAAGGCUGCAGCUACUUGUUGAUCCUCCGAAGCUUCUCGUUCUGCCCAUCUACUCACAAAUGCCUGCCGAUCUCCAAGCCAAGAUCUUUGAUCCAGCACCGCCUGGUGUGCGCAAGGUGAUCGUGGCGACCAACAUAGCUGAGACUUCUCUGACUGUCGACGGCAUCAUGUACGUCGUGGACUCGGGCUUCUCGAAACUCAAAGUCUACAAUCCAAAGAUGGGCAUGGACACGCUGCAAAUCACACCGGUAUCACAAGCAAACUCAGGCCAGCGUGCAGGUCGUGCAGGCCGCACAGGUCCGGGAAAGGCUUUUCAUCUGUAUACCGAGCAAGCAUACAAAAACGAUCUCUAUGUCCAAACGAUCCCAGAAAUACAACGGACCAAUCUCGCCAACACCGUCCUCCUCCUCAAAUCGCUCGGUGUCAAAGACCUCUUGGACUUCGACUUCAUGGACCCACCACCUCAAGACACCAUCACGACUUCCCUCUUCGACCUCUGGGCCCUAGGCGCAGUCGAUCACGUUGGCGAUCUCACCACCAUUGGCCGACUAAUGACCGCCUUUCCCAUGGACCCGUCCCUUGCCAAGAUGCUCAUCACAUCGACCACAGACUACGCCUGCAGCGAAGAAAUGCUGACCAUCGUCUCCAUGCUCUCGGUACCCAGCGUCUUCUACCGACCGAAAGAGCGCCAAGAAGAGUCCGACGCUGCACGCGAGAAGUUCUUCGUGCCUGAAUCCGAUCAUCUUACGCUGCUCCACGUCUACACGCAGUGGAAGUCGAACGGUCACUCAGACGGCUGGUGCGUACGUCACUUCCUGCAUCCGAAAGCACUGCGUCGAGCCAAGGAGAUCCGCGAGCAGCUGCACGACAUUAUGGUCAACUCCCAGAAGAUGCAGCUCGUCAGCUGUGGCACCGAUUGGGAUGUCAUUCGGAAGUGUAUCUGCAGCGGCUACUACCACCAAGCGGCCAAGGUGAAGGGCAUCGGCGAGUACAUCAAUUUACGUACCAGUGUCACGGUGCAACUGCACCCAACCUCAGCACUGUACGGACUUGGCUAUCUUCCAGACUACGUCGUCUAUCACGAGCUGAUCCUCACGAGUAAGGAGUACAUGUCUUGCGUUACAAGUGUAGACCCGCACUGGCUCGCUGACUUGGGAGGGGUGUUCUACAGUCUGAAGAGCAAGGAGUACAGUGGGAAGGAGAAGAGGGUGAUCGAAGGCGAGUUCAAUCGGAGGAUGGAGAUCGAGGCGAAGAUGGCGGAGGAUAAGGCCAAGGAAGAGAAGAGGCAGGAGGCAGAAGCAGAGCAGGAGGAGUUGUUGUUGAGGGGUAAGCAGAAGGUUUCAAAUGGUGUAGCUGUGAGGAAGGCUGGAACCAACGGCGUUGUGAAGAAGCCGAUCGUUGGGAGAAGGAGGAUUGGAGGGUUCUAG